CAUUUAAGGAGUAUUAUUAAUAAAAUCUACUUAUAUACGCGGUUCUUUCCCGAUCAUACGGUUCUUUCCAGAAACCCUCCAAUAAUCUCACAAGAAAUAUUCGUUGGAAAAACGUAAGACAUGUUCAAGAAGACGGCGGAGGUGAAAUCACAGCAGCGAAUUUCCGGUGCAGAUCGCAAGAAGCUCCGACGGACCAUCAGAGAGCGCUUCCCCAAUGUCUCCGAUGCUGAUAUCGAUACUUUGCUCCCUCCUAAGGCCGAGUUCACAGUUUCAAAAUAUCCCAAUCGUAUUCUUGUAUAUGGUUUAGAGGGUGACUGUCCUUUGUUUUUCGAUUCCGAUGGACGAGGCAACAAAAUAUUCCCCACAGAACGUUGUGACAUCGACGACGGGUUUCGGGUAUCCCAUGGCUUCUCCGAAGCAAGCAGUACAUCCGGCAGGGUCUGGGAUCUAAAGCAUGCAACUGAAGCUCCAUCGACAACAACGGUGACUCUAGGCGGUGACGGCGGUGGUGGCGACUCAACGGCAGUGGCGGGGGAUUUAAGCCGUGGAGGAAAGAUGAAGAGAGGCAGUGGAGUGGCGGCUAGGGUUCUACGGAGGAAGAGGAAGAAAAGAAAAGGAGAAAAAGGAAAGGAGAAAAAGGGGAAAAAUUAAAAUGUUGAGUUGGCUGCCAACUCAACUUCCAUGUCGGCUAAAUGACCUACAGGUGACCUACGACGUGCUAAUUUUUUUUC